AUGGAUGACAAUGUCAUUCUGAAGAACAGAAGUGGUCCACGACUAGCUUUGGCAAGACUUCUUUCAGAGCUCCGCUGUACCCCAGGGCAGUUUGCGUGUCGGAGUGGUACCAUCCAGUGCAUCCCUUCAAAUUGGCAGUGUGAUGGAUGGCCCACCUGUGAGGAUGAGAGUGAUGAAGUUGACUGUCCAGGCUUGACAGGGGACCAGCGAACUUACCAUGGGAAGGAGAAUGUGGACUCCAGGCACAAUCGAGGGAGAGGAGGAGAGGCAACCCGCUUUCACACCGUCAAUGUGGCACAGCCUGUCCGAUUUAGCAGAAAGUGCCCAACAGGAUGGCACCACUAUGAGGGCACAGCCAGCUGUUAUAAAGUGUAUUUAAAUGGGGAGAACUACUGGGACGCCGUGCAGACAUGUCAGCGGGUGAAUGGAUCCCUCGCCACCUUCACUGCAGACCAGGAGCUAAGGUUCAUCCUGGCACAGGAGUGGGACUUGGAAGAAAAAACAUUUGUAAGGAAGGACCAGCGUAGGUUCUGGGUUGGAUAUCAGUAUGUGAUCACCAAUCGAAAUCACUCUCUAGAAGGUCACUGGGAAGUAGCUUAUAAAGGCUCUUCAGAAGUAUUUUUACCCCCUGACCCUAUCUUCGGUACGGCUAUGUCUGAAAAUGAAAACGUUCUUUGUGCCCAGCUUCAGUGUUUCCAUUUUCCUACCCUUCGGCACCAUGGUUUACACAGCUGGUAUGCUGAAAACUGCUAUGAGAAAUCUUCAUUCCUCUGCAAAAGGAGCCAGACUUGCGUUGAUAUCAAAGACAACAUUGUUGAUGAAGGCUACUAUUUCACUCCAAAAGGGAAUGAUCCCUGUUUGAGCUGCACAUGUCACAACGGUGAACCUGAAAUGUGCGUGGCUGCUUUGUGUGAACGGCCCCAGGGGUGUCAGCAGUAUCGCAAAGACCCUAAGGAGUGCUGCAAAUUUACAUGUUUAGACCCAGAUGGCAACAGUUUGUUUGACUCAAUGGCCGGUGGAAUGCGUCUGAUCGUUAGCUGCAUUUCCUCCUUCCUCAUCCUCUCUCUGCUGCUUUUCAUGGUCCACCGGCUACGCCAGAGGCGGAGAGAGCGCAUAGAGUCUUUGAUUGGAGCAAAUUUGCACCAUUUUAACUUGGGCCGCAGGAUGCCUGGUUUUGAUUACGGUCCCGAUGGUUUUGGAACUGGCCUUACUCCACUGCAUCUUUCAGAUGAUGGGGAAGGUGGGGCAUUUCAUUUCCAUGAUCCACCUCCACCCUAUACUGCUUACAAGUAUCCAGAUAUUCAACAUCCAGAUGACCCGCCUCCUCCUUAUGAGGCUUCUGUCAAUCCAGACAGCAUCCUUUGUUCCACUCCAGAUGGAGUUCUUUCUCAGACUGUGCAAAGCAGUCCUCCAUCACUAGGAAACUGUGAUGUAUCCCCACAGCUUACAGAGGGAUCGCUUCCUCCCUCAGUUGGUCCUUCUCCAGUGGAGCUGGAAGACUCUGCUGACAGCAGCACCUUUCUUGUUCCUCCUGACACACCGCUAAAUGAAAACACACCGGCAGAAACUCUUACGGGCAGCCGUCACAGCCACUGUUCUCUCAAUACCAUUGUAUAAAGGAGUAAAAAGCCGACCGCCGGUCAGAAAUAGUUUUAGCAACUGUUUGCACAGAUAAACACUAAUCCGUGGUUUGAACUUCAGAAGGAAUCUCCACUUUGUUUUUUUGAACACUGCUUUUAUGUUCUAGAUUAGGAUUGUGCCUCUCGUUUUUUGGCUGUCGUUAUUCAUUCACUAAUCGGUUAUUCCUGUAAAUAUGGAUUGUAUAACUGCUCUUUUUUCCCAUUGGCUAUGGAAAAGAGUGCAGAGAAUUCCUUUGACUUCUAAGGAGGUGAAAAGUAUGGGUAGUGUUUGGUUGGGUUUGGUUUUUUUUUUUUCUUAACCUGAGAGGAAACAAAAUCUACAUCAGAAAAAAGCUGCUUGGAUUUGGCUGGAUACCACUGGACCCAGGGAACAGACGAUGGAAAAGGAGGGUGGGGGCAGUCACCAUUCAAUCAGUUGCUUUCUCUCUUGCUUCAGUGCUACACUUGGAAAAGGCAAAGAAGACGGAACUGCAGGGGAAGGGGCUGGGGGCCUGUUUUACAGAGCAGGAACACUGAGGAGCUGAAACACAUGCCACCAAGUAAGAGUUACACAGUAUAAAACAUUGCGUGUUUUGAUUUGCCUUGCUGUUUCAGAACACCGUAGGGACUGGAGGAUGAAUGAUCUACGCAAUAUGUGACGAGUGGGUACUAAGAAAACUAGGAUUUGCAAUUACAAUUAUUUGUGUUGGUAGCUGCAAAAUCUCAUGUUGUCAGGUAAACUUCUGGCCCAUAAAGAAGACUGGGUCUGUGUAAUGCUUGUGUCCCUUUGGUAGAAUCCUCAUACGUGUUAGGUAGUACUUUAGGGAAGAGAUGGGGAGCAAUUAACUUUGAUGCAGUCUCACUUUCACUAUAUGAAGCCCCUGUUUGUUAUAAUCUUAUAAGGAAGAUUGAGGUAUUUUUCUUUGUAGUUUUAACUCCUUUACAGUGAACAGUUGCACAAGACUGUCCUGGAUAAAAGACCAUUGUUCUUGCUUUUCUUAUUGCAUGCUAUAUUUAGCAUGUAAAUGUGUUCCCUCACCUCCAUUUCACUUCUUUAUAGUUCUACAAAUACCAUUUAAAAACAGUGAUCAACACACAUGAUGUUUAAUUCUAAUUGGACACUUGUUCCUUAUCUGAGUCCCAUAAAUUGCCAACCCUAUUCUAGGCAUUUCCCCCGUGCCUCCCAAACCAUUUAUCCAGGUCCCACAAGGGGUUAUAAUGAGGUUAGUGUACUUAAAUCAAUGAAGCAGUUUGCUUCAGUCUGAUACGUCAUCUUGAAUUUCCCCCUCAGAUUGAACUCCUUAAACUAAGUUAAUUUACAGAUAGCAAAAAGAUUCAUUCGCUCCCUCACUAAACCCAAAGUCAAGCACUGUUGGUUUUGAUAAUGCGUGCAAAAUAAUCUUUACAGGUGAUUUUAAAUUUAAGUUUGGAUUUCAGUGUGCAAAUAAUUUACCCUUUCCCCCCAUACUCCUCUUGCCUCUGCUUCUCCUUGACUUACUGUAGCAGUCAACAGAUGACAUGAAUUAUAAGGAAUUUGUAAAGAAUGCCCUUUGUGAGUGUUCUCCUGUUACCUUAUGAAGGGUACAAGCCUAGAGGGACAGGAAGAAAACACUGCACGGGGAUGUGUAUGUGGUCUAUUUUUCUAGUAAUGAUGAGAAAUCAUACUCGUAUGACAAAUCCUAACCCACUGUUGUGGUUUCCCAGUGCAGCUGACUCUUUCCCCAUUGAAUAUGCUGCUACUUUCUAUUCUGUGUCUUGCCUAUAGGCUUAUAUACUGUACUUGGGGAUUGGUCUUGACAAUUCAACUCCUUUUGCACAGAAAACUGAGUUUAGUUAUUGACAUCAUAUCUGGUGUCUUGACAUUCAGACACUUGCUAACAAUCUUGAAUCCAUCAGAGAGCGUGAAUCACGGUUCUGGGGUGUGCUGCUGGCACGCAAGUGGGAGGAAGCACUGUUAGGAAGCCUCUCCGCCUGGAGCCGUACCACCGCCCGCGUCCUGCUCUCUGGUUUGACUGGCUCUAACAGCAGUGGUAUGAAACGAGGAGUGAUUCUCCACCCUGUGGGAUGUCUUACCGUCUCCUCCUCUGAGUUCAAGUUCUGGUCUAAUGAAGUGGAUGGAUAGCAGUAGUCAGAACCAUGCGUACAAAUUAUUGAGCAUUUCUGAAGUAUGAAAAUAAAGCGGGUUUUGUGCAUUUUUGAGC